AAAAGCUCUCAGCUGAGAGGCAGACAGCACAUUAAGAAAACACUUCCAGAGAGGCCAAGGGGUUCUUGAUCUGCACACAGCAACACUCCUCUGAAGCUUAGAAGAAAUUCCCAGAUCAUCAUGGCUGAGAGACGUAUUCCUUUCAGCUUGCUCCGCACUCCGAGCUGGGACCCAUUUCGUGACUGGCACCAGAGCAGCCGUAUCUUUGACCAGACCUUCGGUAUGCCCGCCCUGCCCGAGGACAUCGCUGCAUUCCCCAGCACCCACUGGCCGGGGUACCUGAGGCCAUCCAUCCUGGCCCCAGAACUAAUGACACCGCAUGCUCCCUUGAUGUAUCCAACGCACAUGAUGGCUCAGCAGGCUCAGGCUCGGGCCCUGUCCCGCCAGCUGAGCAGCGGCAUUUCCGAGAUCAAGCAGACCCAAGACAGCUGGAAGGUAUCGCUGGAUGUGAACCACUUCUCACCUGAGGAGUUGAUGGUGAAGACAAAAGAUGGCGUGGUGGAAAUCUCGGGUAAGCACGAGGAGAGGAAAGAUGAGCAUGGUUUUGUGUCCAGAAGUUUCACCAGGAAGUACACCCUCCCCCCUUCAGCUGAUGUUGAGAAGGUGACCUCUGCCCUUUCUCCUGAAGGCGUGCUGACCGUGGAGGCUCCUUUGAUCAAACCGGCCAUCGAGCACUCAGAAACCACAAUACCCGUCAAUGUCGAAAGCAAAGGCGGUGUGGUGAAGAAGUAGGAAGAAAAUGGGCACCAUUUCCUUCCAACCUGUCCUCCUCCACAUACACACAUUCAAAUAGAUGUGAGUGUGGGAGGAGGAGGAAAAGGACGGGGGAUAUUCCGCUUGUAGUGAGGAAAGGAAUCAGCUUACCGCUCUUCAUAAAUCGAGCUUGUUCACAUGCCAAGCAGAGGAGAGCGAAGGAUUGCCCUAGCUCUUCCCUCUCAACUCCAUCUCUGGUAAUGAGCCUACCCCAGCAGAGCACACUGUGUAAACACAUCUGCACCAGUGCCAUGUGCGUGCUCUUUCUGCUGUAAUUACACUCUUCAUCUGAAUACGCAGCUUAGCCCAGCUCCCAGCUUCUUGUUUCUUUUUCUUCCUGACUGACAGACACACACACACACACACACACACACACACACACACACACACACACACACACACACACACACACACACACACACACACAUACACACACACACACACACUGUGCUUUAUGCUGCCUCUUCAAACAUCAAAACAGAAUGUAAUAGCAGCAAAUGUGACAAUUAUUGGAGGCAGAAUCCCAGGAACUGUCCUGGGAUUCUGCCUCCAAUAAUGCACAUACUAAUCCACAUACAACACCAAAGCUCUGAGUAAAGAAAAAGGACUGUUUGUGAUCUUGCUGUUGUGUGGACUGAAACAGACUGAUUUAAGCCAUGCAAACAGGAAAUAAAGAACAUCCAACAUA